AUGUUCCUGGAUUUAAAUUUGCCACAGUUAUGCCACUUCCCUGUUGAAGUACUGGAGACGUGGAUACUGGCAGUCUAUCGACGAUACAAUGAUGUUCCUUUCCACAAUUUCAAGCAUGCGUUUAUGGUCACUCAAAUGAUGUACACUAUCAUCAAACAGGUGGAUCUUCCGAGCUAUCUUGCACCACUCGAUCUACUGGUACUUUUGUUCUCUGCCUUGUCGCACGAUUUGGAUCAUCCUGGUUUUACAAAUUCUUAUCAGGUGAAUCGCCGUUCGUGGCUUGCGUUACGCUACAACGAUAUUUCACCACUGGAGAAUCAUCAUUGUGCGGUCGCAUUCGAUUUGGUUUCCAUUCCAGCCACCAAUAUUCUCGUUGGUCUCAGCCCAGCCGAAUAUCAAUGGUUCCGCAAAGCCGUGAUUCGAUGCGUCCUGGCUACAGAUAUGGCUACACAUAAAGAUUGUGUCGACCAGUUUCGCGCAGUUCUUCCAAAACUAGUUCCCACCGGUUUCGAUGCGUCUGUCUCAUCAGUGGAGCGGUGCCCAGUUAGCGAGGAUGAUGACGGUCGACCACUGGAUCAUGUGGAGCAGCUUCGCUCCCGAUUGGCUGAUGAUUCGGAUAGUAGACUGACAUUAUUACUUAUUCUGUUGAAGACAUGUGACAUCUCGAACGAGGUUCGACCAACCGCAGUGGCUGAUCCAUGGCUAGAUUGUUUACUGGAGGAGUUCUUUGUUCAGGUAAGUAUCAACGCGACUUGUUGUGUGAGACAAAUUGCUUUUAAACCUUCAUUUCAUCCUCAGUUGACUGAGCGGUGUAUGGGUGACGUAGCAUUGACCAUAGUCAGAAUACCACAUAUCUCUUGCUAA